AUGGAUUUCAGCGAGGGGACACCAUACACCGGCUCGGUGCCGCAGUUCUCUCCCGAUGGACAGUACAUUGCCCAUGCCCAGGCCUGCCGCCUGGUGGUUCGGGAGGCAAGCUCCCUGGCGGUGGUGGCCCUGUUCUCGGUGCCGGAACAGGUGGAGGCCCUGGCAUGGUCCCCCGACUCUGUCCACAUCCUGGCGGGGCCCCUCCGCACCGGUUCCGUGCUGGUGUUCAGCGUGGAGGACUCUGCCUGGAGCUGCUGCAUCGAGGAGGGAUCGGCGGGGUGCGUGCGCGCCUGCUGGAGCCCCUCGGGAGCCCACGUCCUGCUCGUCGCCGACUUCUGCAUCCGCCUGUCCGUGUGGAGCCUGGUGGGGCAGACCUGCCUGCAGCUCCCGGGCCCCAAGCACGCGCAUGCUGGGCUGGCCUUCAGCCCGGAUGGGCUCCAGCUGGCAAUCGCACAGAGGAGCGCGUGCAAGGACUCCGUCGCCGUCUACGACACCAGGACCUGGCAGCUGGAGGGGAGGUGGAGCCCCGGCACGCAGGACCUCGCAGACAUGGCGUGGAACCCGGACGGGAGCUGCCUGGCGGUCUGGGAGGCGCCCACCGCGGGCCACGGCCUGCUGGUGCUCAGCCCGGUGGGCGAGGUCCUGGCACGGAGCACCUCGCCGGGCGCGGGGCUGGGCAUCCGGACGGUGGCCUGGUCACCCUCCGGGCAGCUGCUGGCCAUUGGGAGCUACGACGGGGAGGUGCAGCUCCUGAGCAGCUACACCUGGCAGCGGCUGGCGUCCUUUCCUCACCCCGGGGCAGUGCAGGGGCCAGUUGGCCUGGUCGCAUACUCGGAAGUGGAGGAGGAGAGGACCGUCCUGGGGCCACGGAAUGGGGCUGAGCCAGAUGACCAGGGCCAGACGAGGUCCCGCUUCCUUGUAUCGGCGCUGCCCAUGUCCCUCCAACCCCAUAGGCCGGCAGCUGACAAGCCUCCCCUUAGGAUGGGCAUUGGCACCAUGCUGUGGAGCCACGAUGGCGCUUACUUGGCCACACGCUGCGACAGCACGCCCAACACGAUUCGCGUGUGGGACUCUGGCAAGCUGGCACUCGCCUCCCUGGUGUGCCUCAAGAAGCCGGUCCGCAGCGUCGUGUGGGACCUUGAUAGCAACAGGCUGAUGAUGUGCUCUGGGUACGGUAAGCUGUACCUCUGGACGUCGAACGGCGCCUCGUGCGUGCACAUCCCCCUGCCUGGGAUGAAGGCUGGCACGCUGAGCUGGCACCCGACCCAGCCCAGCCUCCUGCUGGCAUCCCGCGACUCGUUCGCCUGUGCCUUCUUGUAG